AUGCCUGAGCCUACGCUUGGCUGCCAAAUUGCGCCUCACUACGACCGCGAGCAGUGGCCAUACAACAGCGAUAGCGAAAGCGACGGUACUGGCACAGGGAGCGAAGCUGAAAGUCCAGCGCAAGAAGAAGCCGUCCGCGAUGCAUUAGCCAUAGAGAAAGCUGAGACCCAGCAUUCCCGUGGCAUCACACCAGCUCUUUCCAAAAUAAACACUCAAAGAUCAAGACGCAGUCGAAAGGAUGUUGCACAAACUCCAGUUGGCUUCUGGCACUGGAAGAUGGCCGGUGUACGCUUGCACGUGCUCCGACUAUGGCUUCGAACAAACCUCAUUCUGGGUGUUGCCAUCAUGGCCUUCCUCUGUCUCUUCUGGGGCGCCCUGUUUCGCGAGAAUGAGAACGUCAAACAUCUAAAGAUUCUUGUGGUCGAUUUUGACGGCAGCGCACCAUUCACCGAGACGGUCCCAUUCGUUGGACCAUUUGUGACCGAAGCGGUUCGGAACAUGACUGCAUCAGGCGGCAUAGUCCCCACCUACUCGUUCGAAUCGCCCAUCGAGUUCGACUAUGACCCGUUGAAGGUCCGCGAAGCUGUGUACGAUAUGCAGGGAUGGGCUGCAGUGAUUAUCAAUCCCAAUGCGACCGCUCUCCUCAACGAUGCCAUUAGGCAGGGCAACACCACCUACGAUCCUGCCGGAGCAUGUCAGAUUGUCUACAGCUCUGCGCGCGACCAGAUCACAACGUCAACAUUCAUCCUUCCCAGUCUGACUGCGCUUCAGAGACGCGUCGGUGCCACGUUCGGUCGUUCGUGGAUUCUGCACCUUGGGUCAAACCUGCAGGAUCUACGCGCCACUGAAGCUCCCCAAGCGCUAUCGCCGGGUAUCGACUUCACGGUCUAUGACCUACGACCCUUUGGCCCGCCCAUCGCCACACCCGCCAUCAGCGUCGGUCUGAUCUACUUGAUCAUCAUCUCAUUCUUCAGCUUCACUUUCUUUCUGCCGAUCCACAUGAAGUACCUCUCGCCCAAAGGCCACCCGCCACUGCUCUUUCGUCACCUGAUUGCAUGGCGUUACAUUGCUACUGUUGGCUCAUACUUCUUCUUGUCACUUAUCUACAGCUUCGUCAGUCUGGCCUACCUCAUGCCAAUGUCAAACCAGCCCGCCAGCCAUGUCUGGCCUGCUAAGAACGCAAACGCAUACGGACGCGGUACAUUUGUGGUAUACUGGAUGUGCAAUUGGGUUGGCAUGACAGCGUUCGGACUUGCCAGUGAGAACAUGGCAAUGCUUCUCGGCACGCCAUGGACGGCGCUGUGGCUGAUCUUCUGGGUCAUCUCGAACGUAGCCACCGGCUUCUAUUCGCUCGAACUGGCGCCGAAUUUCUAUCGCUGGGGGUACGCAUGGCCGAUGCACAACAUCGUCGAACUCACCCGCUCCACCCUCUUCGAUCUGCAGCAGUCCCAUGUCGGUCGUAACUUCGGCAUUCUGUUCGCCUGGGUCGCUGUCGACACCAUUCUCUUCCCGAUAUGUUGCUACUUCAUGCGCUGGAACACUGCACGCGUCAAGCGCAACGCUGCACAAGCCGAGGCUAGCUGGCAUGCGAAGAUGGAGAAAGAGAGGGACGAGCCAAGUCUGAUGGCUCGAGUGACAACCCGUGGGAGUCGUUGGAAUAGCAACGCGGGUCGAGACGCCGAACGGGGAUAA